AUGCCGUUUGUUGUUGCGUGCGCGUACGCCUUCUCGGGCCUUCCAGCCCAGGGCUUCUCCGCUCUCGUCCUCGCUUCCCUCGUCGCCCUCGGCUCGGCGGCGGCGCCCGCUGCGGGUUCCGCCGAGCAGGCGAGGGCGCAGCUCGCGUCUCGCAUCGCAGAGACGCGUCGAAGCAAGCAGGCGAAGCGGGUCGUGCUCUUCAUCGGCGACGGAAUGGGCCUGGGCACGCAGUACGCGACGCGCAUCUGGGAGGGGCAGCAGGAGGGAAGUCUCGGCGAGGAGCACGUGUCUGUUCUCGAUCGCGCGCCCCACGUCGGCGUGACCAAGACGUAUACGCUCAACGCACAGACGGCGGACAGCGCCGCCUCGGCGACUGCCUUCAUGAGCGGCGCGAAGACCAUCAACGGCGUGAUCAACACCAAGCCCUCCCUCGGCCGCGGCGAGUGCAACGCGCCGCUCGUCUUCAUCACGUCCGAGCUGGGCUACCGCAACGGCAUCGUGUCGACGGCUCGGGUGACGCACGCCACGCCCGCGGCCGCCUACGCCGUGUCGGCGGAUCGCAACUGGGAGGCGUCCGUGCCGAUCGCCGACUGCCCGCAAAAGGACAUAGGACAGCAGCUCGCGGACGCGAUGCUGGGCGGCCAGAUAGACGUGGCGAUGGGCGGGGGGAUGCGCUCCUUCCUGCCCGCGUGCCAGGCGCGGGCCUACGCGGCCGGGAUCUCCGUCAGCACGGGCGCGGAGACUCCGGCCGGCCGCGUGGUGAUUGUCCACGACUUUGAGGGCGCGCGAGUGGCGUGCGCCGUCCUCCGCGAGGCAUCUCCCCCCUCCCCCGCGGCGCUGCGCGCCGACGGCUUCGUGCGGUACUUCACCUACUCGGACUAUGUCGGCAGCCUGCGCGUGAGCGGCUCGUUGGAGAUCACCGCCCGCCCGAGCGGCGAGAGGGUCCUCUCGUUCGCGCUCCGCGGCGUCGACCCGCUCUGCUCCGGCGGGGCCGGCCCCAACCGCUCAAACUCGUGCGGCGUCCACGUCCACGAGGGCGAGAGCUGCGGCGCGGACGCGGGCGGCCACCUCUACGACCGCGCCGCGCUGCGGGAGGACCCGUGGGCGGGCGUCGCGUACACGGCGACGGCGUGCUCCGGAAAGUCCGGGAGCCGGACGGACGGGGAGGACCUGACGGCGCGGCUCCGCUCGGCGGGCGUCGAGAUAGCGGACUCGCGCGCGGGGUUCGACGCGCUGCGCGGUGCGGCCGUGCGGAGGGAGGGGCGCGUUCUGGCCGGCUUCUCCGAGGAGAAUGGCGGGAGCCACAUGGUGUACGAGGCGAGGGCGGACCGGAAUGCGAGCGUCGCGCCAUCGCUCGCCGAGAUGACGGCCGAGGCUAUCCGCCGGCUGUCGGUGCACGAUCGCUUCUUCCUGCAGGUGGAGGGCGGCCGCAUCGACCACGCGCUCCACGCAAACCAGCUGCAGAGAGCAGCGAUCGAGACCGCGGCCUUCGAGAAGGCGGUGCAGGUCGCGCUCGACUCGCUGAGCCUCGACGACAGCCUCAUCAUCGCCACGGCCGACCACUCCCACGGACUCAUGUUCACGGGGUACUGCGCGCGCGGCUCCCCGAUCGACGGGCUCUGCUACCGCAUCGACGCGAGCGGCAUCGCCGCGGCGGAGGGCCCUCCCAAACCCGCGCCCGUGCCCGAGGUGGACGCGGACGGGUAUAACAUCACGGUCGCCACCUUCGCCACGGGCCGGCGGCUGCGAGAGGAAGAGCCGCGCAGCGCUGCCUCGAUCGCGGCGCAGGGGCCCGACUUCCUGUCGCCCGCCGUCUUCAAGGCUUCUUCGGAGCGGCACUCUGGCGAGGACGUCAUCACGUACGCUUGGGGUGCGCAGGCGCACCUCGUCGGCGGCACAUUCGAGCAGCACGUCUUGCACCACCUCAUGCUUCACGCCAUGAGCGCCGGCGGCGAGGACGACCGCAUCGAGCAGCGGCGGGGCGGCGUCCCGUGGGUCCCGAUUGCCGCCGCCUGCUCGGCGAUCCUCGCGGCAUUCCUGCUCGCGUGCAGGAGGUGCUGCUGCCGCCGGGGCAGGGCAGGGCAGGGGAUUCAGCUGAUGGACCAGCCAGAGGCGUCGCACGUGGACCCCACCUCCAGCGCCUAUGCGGCCAGGUACGGAGGCGGCGCGUUCGGGAGCGGCGCAGCCGGCGCGCCGAAGGCAUUGGCAGAGGGCGGCCGCGCGACGGGCGUGUGA